CGAAAGAUGGCGCGCCAUACUGUAAGUUGGUUUCAGUUUCAUGUAGGUAGGUGUAUGGAUAUUUGACAACGCGUCCAGCCAACGCAUCGUGUUAUGUAAACCACAUGCUACAUCGGCUUACCACUCACGUAGCGCGUUACGAUCAGUUCUAAGUGUCGCUCACUCAUAUUUCCACUGUUAUGCAUUUGCCCGGAGAGCGUGGUACUUCGGCGGGAAAUGCCAGCGCCAAAAUGACGAACGUAGCACUCCCGGGAGAACUCGCCUUGAAUGACGCCUUAAGUGAACAUCCCGGUGAGCUUGUGCGUACCGGUAGUCCUAACGUGCUCUGCUCUAUUUUACCGUCACAUUGGCGUUCCAAUAAAACUUUACCUGAAGCUUUCAAGGUGAUCACCCUAGCGGAUGUUUCUGAUGGGACUGUUGUGACAGUGCGGGCAGGAAACGACGAAAAUUUCUGUGCCGAAUUACGAAACGCCACUGCUGUAAUGAAAAACCAAAUAGCAAAGUUUAAUGAUCUAAGAUUUGUAGGAAGAAGUGGAAGAGGGAAGAGUUUUACCUUGACGAUUACAGUGAGUUCUGACCCCCCUGAAGUUGCAACAUAUAACAAGGCCAUCAAAGUGACAGUGGACGGACCUCGAGAACCAAGAAGUAAGAUUA